GUGAACAUUUUACGAUUUGGCAAAAUAUUUUCAAAACCGUAAAGAGGGUGUGCAUAUAUACUUGUGUAUCGAUCUCGUCUAUCCGAAAGUUAUGUAGUGAAGCAGACAAUACAAUACUCUCGUUACCCGAGUUAUGUUACAUUUGUGUGCCACUUGUAAAUCAUCGGGAUUGUGAUUCGCGAGCAGGCUGAGAAAAAUAUUGGUUAUGUUCGUGCAAUUUGGGUGAAAACAAAUAAAUGAACGAUGUAGCGGUAAGUAAAGCAAGAUCAAUCACCGGCGAUGAAGAGCGCAAAUUUUAUGCACGAUGCACUUACAGUGACGAGAUAUCUUCGAUUUGGACAGGAAACUUAUUCAUGCAUGACUGAAUACAGAAAAAAGUUCGCAUAAAUGUAUAAGAGCAGUAGCAGGUGUAACAACGUCCUCUGCACGGAACGUCAAAACAAUGUCCGAAGGUUCUAAGAUGGGCCUAUUCGGCUCCAAGGACAGGAAUCAGGAACAGAAAGAGAAAUCUUCCAAAGACAAUUCUCCGGCUCGUUAUGCACCAUACGGUGUUGACAGUGAUACCGAAACAUACGAUACUGAAGCUCUGAGUAUGAUGGAUAUCAAUGAUAUCAUCGGUGUGCAAUCCGGUGAACAGGUUGGCGAUUCAACACUAGAAAGCGAAAUCGCCGCGCUUUCGCAGAUUAUUACGGAGUCGAAGAUGGAAUCGACCUCGCAAUUGAAUCCAAAGUCAGAAAUGCAACAGGAUGCAUCCAAAGAUGCACCGAAUUCUACUUCUAAUAUUAUUCAUGCCACAAAUAUCGAUAAUAUUGAUUAUUCUAAUACCGACGAAUCCACUAUUAUGUCGGAAAAAUGUGCAGCUAAUGAAAUAUGUGAGACACAAAAAGCAACGCUUGAUUAUACCCAUAAAGAAGUGACAUGCGAAAAACUAUCAGCAAGUAUCUGUGCAAAAAAGAGUAUUUUGGAAAAUACAGAAAUGGAUUCUAUAAUUACAUGUGAUAAAACUUCCGGCGUAAAUAUCAACGAGAUAAUUGGUGAUGCAACUAUAGUUAGUGCAUUAGAAUCGUCUUCCAAAAUUAAUUCGCCGAAUGUUACAUUAGACGAUACUUUACAAGAAACUUUUCAAAUUAAGCAACAGAUAGAUGCUUUGCCCAAGGAUCAUAAAAAAGAUAUUGAAAAGACAAAGGAUCAAUCAGUUGAUGAAACACAUGAAAAUCAAAAGACAUUGAAAAAUAAUACAAAGUCUGUGGUAACAGUUGGUAGCAUUAGUAAAAGUUUACAAUUGAUAGGAGAAGCAUAUAACUCUGAAGAUUCAGAGGAAACAGAUGUGAAUGAUAGUGACUUUUCAAAGGAGACUCCAUCAUUUUCUCAAGAAACUUUUUUGCUUGGUGUUUCUACGAUAGAGCAAGAGAAGAAAAUAAUUGAAGAAAAUUCUGAAAUAAUUGAUGUGUCAGAACAAGAUAUUGAAAAAACUUCACUGUUAAAUGAUAAUGCAAGUGCAAUUAUUUCAGAAGAAUCAAAAGUAAAUGUCACUGAUAGCAAAAUGGAAAAUUCAAAUAUUGAAAAGUCUGAAGAUUCUAGUCAAAAUGAAUUGUUGCAACAGACCUUGGAAAUACAAGAGAACAUAGAUGAUUCUAUAUCAAAUAAAAUAACAGAAUUUGACACCAAGAUAUCAAGUGGCAUGCAUGAACAAAAUGAAAAUAACUCAGAAAUAAAUAAAGUGAAUAUAAUGGAAGGAAUGUCAUUAGAAUGUCAAUCUUCCAACGUAAGUUCUCAAGAAAGUAUAGAUACAUUAGCUGAUGUUUCCAUUACAUCAUCAAUGGAACUAGUAAAUUUAGAAGAAUGUCAAGAAAAGGAAAUUAAAAAUACUGGUUCAGAAUUAAAUAUAUCAGUAAAUAUUCAUGAAGUGGAGAAGCAAGAUAGUUUGGUAAUUUCUAAUGAACAAAAAUUAGAUGCAAAAAAAAUUAAUGAUAAUUGUACUCUCAUUGAUGAUAAUGAUAUAAAAGAUAUAUCUAAAGAUAAGAAUACUCUUUUAGAAUCUGCAAGUGAAACUCAGGAUUCUAUAAUAAGUGAAGUGUCUGAUAAAAAAUUAAGUAUUACAGAAGUGUUAAAUAAAAGUGAUGAUCCUCAGGAAGAGAAUAUCAUUGAAAGUUGUCAGACAACACAGGAAAUCACUUCAAUAACGAAUAAAAUUAAUGAUGAAUCUCAAGAAACAGCUAUUAUAAAAAUAGAUCUUGCAUCAACUACUAUAGCAUCUAAUAAUGAAGAUGACUUGGAAUUGGCCAAUACAGAGGAAACAAUUGUACUAAACGAUAAAAAUACAUUUCAAACUGCUUCAAGUGUAAUUAAUGAAGAAUUAGUUUUUUCAAAUGAAAAUACAUCAUUAAGUCAGCCACAUGUUGAAGAAAAGAAUGUAACGACUAAUAAACAAUCUUUAAGUGAUAAUUUGAGUAGUGAAAACUUAGAUUUAUGCUCCACAAAUUUAAUAACACAGACUGAUGCAAAUUCAACAAAUAUUAAUAAUUCUGUGAAAACAACCAUCCACACAGAAAAGAAUCUUUUUACACUUGAAUCAUCAUUAAUUCCAAUCAAACAUGACGAACCUGUUAAACAGCUUCCAUCUAUAUUAGAAAUACCCAAAUGCCUCAAUGAUGUUAAUGAUAUUGUAUAUAAUAAACUUGAAGAUUUAUCUGUUCCAAUAUUGUAUGAAGAUUCAAGUAACACAAUUGAAAAUAUAAAUGAGUCAUUACAUGAAGCUGAAGAAAUAGAAAAAGAGAUAAAAAUAUCGGAAGUAACGUCAUUAUCUAUAAACAAAAAUCAAAAUGAAUUGCCACUGGAAACUAAAUCACAGCAAAUAUGUGAUCAAUCCGAAUCACAUAUAUCAGAUAAAAAAAGUGAUGCCUGUACCAAUAAGUCGACUGAACAAAUAGAAGGUAACGUAACUUUUGAAAAUGUUACAUCUUUUAAUACAUUAUUUGAAAACAAUGUAAACUCGCCAUUAAUUGAUAAUUUAAUUGUUUCAGAAAAUAAUGUAACAAAUUCCUUAUGUAAUACAAUAACAGAAAAAAAGGAAGAUAAAACCGAAGAAAAUGUUACUAUUGAGAUAUCGAACGAAAAGAAAAUUAAAGAAAACGAAACUUGUAUGCCAAAUGAAAAAGAUGUUUUAAAAUCUGAAAAAAGUACUGAGGCUGAAACUUGUGAAAUAAAUUCAGUUCUGGAAAUGUCAGAUUCCAGGACUGAUUCCAAAUCUGAUGUCCAAAUGACAAAGGAUGAUAAUUUACAAGCCGAUGAAGUAAUGAAACCAUGCGAUGAAACUGCAAAAAUAUCUAAAAAGGAAUCAGAAGAAUUGAUUGAUGUGAAUAUAAUGUCGAUAGUGGAGCAAAAAAGUAUGGAACCAAUUGUAGAGAAAUCUAUUAACACCACUGAUAUACAAUCAAGCGAUAUUAAUAUUAUCAACAUGUCUUUAAUACAAGAAAAUUCGAAUGAAAGAACAAAUACCGGAAAUUUAACGGAAGAACUAUCUCAGGAUUCAGGAAACAUGAAUGCUUCAAUUGUUAUGCAAACUACAAAUACUUUAGAAGGGCUUUUGAGUUUAAAUCUUACAUCGGAUAAUAAAAGUCCUACAUUAAAGGAUAUACAAACUGAAAAUAACACUUUAAUAAAAGAGACAGUAAAUAAAGAUGUAGAUAUUGAUCUCUUAUUUGAUCAAGUAAAUCAAGGUGAAACAACCAUGACAGAAAAUUCAGACAGUAAUAGUAUAACAAAUGUGAUUGCUGAUUGUUUGACAAAUAAAGAUAAUGAAAGCGAGGUUGACAUAAACGCAGCAGAUAAAACUACCGAAAACGAAGAUAAUAGCUCAUUAAAAACAAACAAAAACAUAAAUACGGAGCCGGUAAAUGAGAUCACGGAUGAGGAAAAGAUAAAAGAACCUCUUGAGGCGGAUAAUAAUUUGGCACAAAAUGAUUUAGAAGAUAUGGAUUUCGAAGAUAAUCGGUUAGAAUCGGUUGAGGAUUUGGAGGAAAGUGAAGCCAAACUGGAAUUGCCACAGGAUAUUUUGUUAGAGAGCGUGAUGCCGAGAGAUAAUCUUUCUCGAAAUAUCGACACUCCGAUUGUCACUGAGAAUUCGCAAUCAAGUUCAGAGAUAUCCGAAUUAGAGUCUGCGGUGAAGUUCCUACAAGAGUCUGAAGAGCAAACGAUAGAUUCGCCAUUGGUGCUCUCGCCAAAAAUGAUGGAAAGUAUUGAGGUGUUAGAGGACAUAACAAAAGUCAAUGCGGAGCUUUAUGUAUCCGACGAGAUUGACAAUUACGUGAACGCCGAAUCUGAAUUAGCAAAUUUGCGAAAUGUCGCUGUCGCGGAUUCCAUUUCCAUCUCGGAAGCUGAAAUAAUAUCGGAAGCUGCGAAGUUGGAGAACGAGCGAAAAUUCUCAGCACAAAUACGAAACACUCCCGAUAUAAAAGAAAAAGACAUCAAAGAAAUAAAUAAAGAGAUUAAACCAAGUGAAGAAAUGAAAGAUCACACGUGUUUAAAGACUUUGUCUGAGAAUGUUUCUCUUGCGCCGGCGGAUACUUCUCUGAAUAUGCAAGUAGUGGAAUCAAUGCACGAAGAAAAGAACACUAUACCUGAUAUUAAGUCGUUGUCGAGCGAAGGUAUUUUGAAAACAUGCGAGAAGCUUCCAAGGGUGUCGAUAUUGGAGGAGCGAUUGAAGGAACCGCCGAAGAUUGAAAUACCUGUUCCGGACUCAUCUAAGAUAUUAGAAUCUUCUAUUAGUCCGAACGAUAAUCUUCUCAUACCAAAGGACGCGAGAGCUAUUGCAUAUUCGAGGAUGUUGGAAUCACCGAAAUCGAUUGAUAAGUCUGAAUUGAAGUGUGUCGAUACGUCGCGCAAGGAUUUAGAGAAGCAUUCAGAUCCUGAGAAUGUUGGUUCGCCAAGGAUAAUCCUGAAGAUUGCUAAAUCCGCGAUCACGGAUUGUAGCGAGCCGCGGUCGCCAAAAAGCCCAAAGAUUCGAUCAGCCACGAAUUCGCCGAAUCCAGAAGACAGUCCGGGCCAAAAGUUGGGGAAGAUUAAAUUGAAAUUGUCGAAAGGAGGACAUCCCUCUAUAAUAUCCAACGAGAAUUUGGAAGAUAUUAAUCAGUGGCAUACUACCGAUAAUGCGCCAUCGUUAUCUCCUCUUGGCAUGAAAAUUAAAUUGUCUAAGUCUGGUGAUGCCUCUAUCAUCGGUUCGGAGAAACACGAACAUACAGAUGAAACGAAAUACAAAAUCGAGGAAUCGAAGAGAACGGAUUCUCCCAUCGGUAUGAAAAUAAAGCUAUCCAAGUCUGGAGAUGCUUCGAUUAUCUCCGAUUCCAGGCAGCAAGAUUGCACCAAGGAGAUUCUCACGAAACACAAAGAGAAAUUGGAGAUACCGCAGGGAAGCCCGAAGAGAACGGAAUCGCCGAUUGGGAUGAAAAUCAAACUCUCCAAGAGCGGUGAUGCAUCUAUCAUUCAGACUGACAGACAAGAAUCUUUAGAGGAGCUACACAGAGAUGUCAUGCCGAAGCGGACCGAUUCUCCAAUCGGUAUGAAAAUUAAAUUAUCGAAAACUGGUGAUGCUUCCAUCGUAUCUCCGGAUGUUUGCGAAGAUGCAAAAGAUUCAUCCACGAAGGCGAAAGAUAAGCAGGAUAAUUCAGAACUACCAAAGAGAACCGAAUCUCCAAUCGGGAUGAAAAUAAAGUUAACAAAGUCUAAAGGCAGUGCAUCUAUUAUUUCUGUAGAUAAUAUUGAAGAUACAAAAGAGUUACAAAAGUUGGAAGUACCCGAGCCACCUAAGCGCACCGAAUCGCCACUCGGUAUGAAGAUAAAGUUAUCCAAAACCGGAGAUGCAUCUAUUAUACAUUCUGAAGUUACAGACGAUAUCAAGGAGACGAGACAUAAAGAAAAGUCUGAGGUAAUGCAAGAUACAACGAAGACGCCGGAAUCACUCGGAUUUAAGUUCAAAAUGCUGAAAACGGGUGAAAUGACGUCAUCGAUUUUGCCAGAUAUGAUUGACGAGCAAGUCGCGCCACGUAGUUCCGAAUCAUUUACAGGUAUUAUCCCGAAGAUUAAAGUAUCUAAAUCUGACGCGUUGAUAGCGCCCGAUAAAACGGAGCCAACGAAAGACUUGACCUCACAAGAAGAUCAGCAGGCAGAAGUAUCAAAGAGAACGGAAUCUCCGCUCGGCAUGAAGAUCAAAUUGUCCAAGAGCGGCGAUGCUUCCAUCAUACAAAGUGAAACCGUCGCUGAAGAUCAUCAAAAUAAGACUAUCCCACAUGUUACCGAUACGGAAUAUUCCAAAAGCGCUGACUCGUCCCUCGGGAUGAAGAUCAAGCUGUUCAAGACUGGCGAUGCUUCUGUAGUAGAGGCACCAUCCUCAAGUUCCUUAGAGAAAAAGGAUAAGCAACAGAGACGCAGAGACGCUGCUGAUUCGCCGCUGGAAAUAAAAAUAAAAUUGUCGAAAACAGGUCAUCCCACUAUUGUGGCCUGUGAUAAUCACAGUGAAUCUUCAGCGCACAAAGGCAAGGAUUCUCAAGCAACUUUGGAUCCAGCAACACUGAAUUUUCCUCAUAGGUACAUGGAACACGCUACAAUACACAAAGAAUCCGCGUUAAAAAUUCUCAAGACCGGUCACCAUUCAUCGAUUCUACAGGGCAAUCGAGCUGAGCUGACGAUCGAACCGGUGCAGAUGCAGAACAAAAAACAACCAACAGAGAAUGUUCAACAAAUCGAGAUAUCACCCAAGCGUAAGGAUAUAAUGAUUUCACCAGUUGAGAGCAAAAAAUCAAAACUGGAGGCACAACUCUCGCAGAUUUUGCCAGAGGUUACUAUCCAACCAGUAAUGUGUCGAGAUCAAAAGCAGCAGCAACAGCAAUUGUUGUUUGAUCCGAAAUCGAAUUUAAUCAGUCGACAGCAAAUGAACGUUAUUAACCAGGAGAUUAGCAUUACGCAAGUGCGAUCAACAGCGAAGGCGGAUAACGCAUCAAGCGUAAAUGACAAGCUCAAAGAUCUUUUGUGCAAAAAUGCUACCAAUUCACCAGGCGGUUCGUCCGAUUGCGAGAUUAUCGAGCAUCGCCCAGAGUUAAUAAUCGUCAAUGAGAAUUCCAAUUCCAGCCAGGACGUCGUUAUUAUAGAGGAGGUGACACCUAACAGAAUGGCCGAUAUUAAGGUACCGAAGAAGAGAGGCAGGCCGCGAAGAAAUCCGAUAGCGGCUCAACAGCAUGUUCAGCAAUCAUCCGCGCAGAUGCUGAUACCCAAGGAUCCUUUGGCUUUGGACGAAAUGCAGCAAGUUCCUCCGCAGCAAUUCGAACACAGGGAAAACGAACGGCCUAAGAGAACCUGCAGAAAUCAAAAAAGUUAUGCUCCGCCCAAGAGAGGCAGAGGACGAGGUCGCGGUAAACGGAAAUUGGAUAACAUAGAACCCCAAGUUGCAAAGAAGUCUCGAAUAGAUCAAGACUUGUCUGCUAUAGAAGCAUCGACAAUGGCUGUCAUUACUAUUGAUGAAACAACAUCGCUACAACAAGAUUCGUUUCGAAAAUCAUCAGAAUUAUACAAAGCACUAAAACAACCGCCUAUAGAUCGUAAGAGUUCCGCAUGUAAAGAGAAACAUAUCGCGUUAACAAGUCGCAAAGAAACAGGAAAGAGGGAUUCAGCCUUUAAAGCCUCGGAAUCCGACAUCGCGAUACAAUUGGAUCCUGCCAGGUUAUCGUAUGUUCAAGAAGAUCCGGAAAGAGAGCCUACGAGUCAAACGUCCACUAUUGGAUCAUUGGCCUCGAAAGUUGAUGAACAGCACAAGAGAACUGUCUUAGAGAUUGUUUCUGAAAAAACGCAAAAGACGGCAAUGAAGCAGUACGCGGAGAAUAAAGGUGUAGGUAAGAUGUCGGAUGCGCCAUCGAGAGCGUCUGAAAUUAAAGAGAUACCUGUACCUCCUCCCGGACAUUCGAACUGGCUGACACCGACGUCAAAGAAGCUAGGGGAUUCAACGGCCAUCAGAGGCGAAACAGUCUCAACGGUACAAGUGAUAGAUGAGGAAACGAGAAUGAGCGCCGAAUCCGGCUCAAGAUCUCAGACACCUGCUAGAAAUAUAUCAGCGCCGGCUUCAGAGACAAUAAUAAAUGAAGAAUCGCAAGGUAGUGUCCUGAGUACUGCUACAACAGAAUCAGAAAAAGUCAAAGUAAAGAAUCGAAGGAUGGAAAUUAAUUUUGAUCCUGAUGAAGGACCCUUCACUGUUGAUAAAAUAGCAGAAUAUGAAUGGCCAUUGGAUCGAAAGGGUGAAACUUUUAUGAUACAGGAACAAAUAUCACAAUAUCUUGGUGUAAAAUCUUUUAAGCGUAAAUAUCCUGAUCUCAAACGCAGAGUAGUUGAUAUGGAAGAGAGAAACUAUUUGAGGGAAAAUGGAUUAGUCAGUGAAGCAAUGUGUGAUAUGGGAUUAACCGCGGUGUGUAGCUCAGAAGUAUUGGAUGUAAUGUGUAGUGAUUUCCCUGAUCAAUAUGAAGAAUACCGCAAACAUAUGCGCGAGAAACAAGUCAAGGAGCAUUCCAAGAAGCAAAAGGAAUUAACAGCCGCGGCGAAUGCGGAGAAAAAUAGGAUAGAUCUUGCAGAAAUGGCAGUGCAAUCGGCGUUUGCGUGGAAUAGUAACUUAAAUAAAGCUCGCAAAGAAAACCGCAAGUGUUGCUUAGAUCUGCAGACUUUCACGAUUCAUAUCCCGAAGAAGCAACAGAAAGUCGAUUCGGAACACAAAGUCGGUCAUUAUCCAGUCGCGCUUAUACCAGGACAAUAUACCGAUUAUUAUCGGGAAUAUACGCCGGCAGAAUUGAGAUAUUAUCCGCUAAAUACGGUCUUGUACGGACCUACGCGGCCUAAUGAACGUAAAUGUGAUAGCCAAUCGGAAGGUUCUCAGAGUGAUAGCGAUAGCGAAUCAUCUUCCGACGACUCGAGUUCAUCCUCCAGCGAAGGUACACAAGAUACGGAAGGAUCUCAAUCGACUAUGGACGACGUAGAUAUGGAAAUCUCGAACUCAAAGGACGAUAUAAAGUUGAAAUGCAAGAUGUGUCUGAAAGUCUUAAAUAAGCAUAACAAGAAUGAAAUAUUAAUUCAAUGCGGUACUUGCAACGGAAAUGUUCAUCCAUCCUGUAUAGAUUUAACAUUGGACAUGGUUCCGCAUAUUCAAUCAUACGCAUGGCAGUGCACCGAUUGUAAAACAUGCGCGCAGUGUCACGAUCCUGCGGACGAAGAUAAGAUGCUCUUCUGUGACAUGUGCGAUCGUGGAUAUCACAUUUACUGCGUUGGUUUGCGACGAGUACCACAGGGAAGAUGGCAUUGUCAAGAAUGUGCCGUAUGCGCAAACUGUGGCUCGAGGGAAGCCGGUGGUGCUAAUUCGGAUAGAAACAGUGUUGCGCAAUGGCAGCACGAGUAUAAGAAAGGCGAAAGAAAUACUCGAGUAUAUGUUUCGACGCUCUGUGUACCAUGCUCGAAGCUGUGGCGAAAGGGUCGCUAUUGCCCGCACUGCAGUCGCUGUCAUACCGCCCAAAGGCUCGACCUGGAAGCGAAUCUAGUGCAUUGCAGCGCAUGUGACAAAUAUCUGCACUUAGAAUGCGUGGAGACCAAGGGGCUAGUGGUUGAUAAGAAAAGUUAUCUUUGUGAUUUUUGUACACCAUCGACCCGACAACAAGUGACGAAGCCUUUGAUGUCAAAGAUGUUUAAAACAUGAACACAAUUAUUUCCCCAGGAACAGAAAACCAUCAAGCUGUAUAAUAUUGCAGUAUGUAUUAUAUUAAAGUAGCUAAUUUUUGUAUUGAAUGUGCAUUUACGAAUGACGAAUAUGCGCAAAAUUUUUCUCGAGUACUUCAUGACAAGUGUAUCACACAUGUAUAUAGUUGCGGAAUGAAUCAUUCAACUUGUGAUGCUGAAUUUUUGGUACAUGUACGUUUAGCGCAGGAUAAAUGGCGAAUUGCCCGAAAAGACUGAAUGUUCAGUUUCGAUUAUAAAUGUUUUAUCAGAAUUACAAAAUAUAAUAUGCAGUGUUUAUGAGAAA